AGCCGAAGUCGCAGUCAAAGUGGGCCUGAAGAGGGGUGCAUCAAGGGCGGAUGUUCAGGGAGGAGCACAUGCAGCGCCUCGGCAGGGGAGUCGGACUUGCAGCUUUGGGGCAGCUGCAGGCAGUGAAGAGUAGGCGUCAGGCAGAAAUCCCCACGCGCAACAACAUCGCGUAUCGUGCUGGCCUCUGCACAAGGUUCGAGAAUGUGCCCAAUCGGUCACGUGAGUCGUCCCGCGGUCCGCGAGAUGCAUGCCUUGCGCGCCUUGAGCGCGCGGGGGCCGUUUUGCUGCCCACUCAAGACUCAAGCCUCCACAGCACCAAAGCCUCACGUCUCAAUCACGUGAACGUAGUGAAGCAGAUGGUCGGCGCCACCUAAAUUUGACUCAAGACUCGAGACUCGCUCACAGCAACACAAGGGAAAUCGUCGUCUUCCGAAUAAAGUCCUCAGACUGCAAUCGAGGAUUGGAAAUUUCGAAAACUAGCGAGGUGUGCAACAUUCUUACUGAAUCUUGCACCCGCCCUAGAGCGAAGCAUUUCGUUUAUCCGCGUGCAGUGAUUCGCGCCUGCUGCAGGCUUCGCGAGACGAGGCGAGCGUAUCGUACACUCGCAGGACUCAAAAAUGCCAGAUGCAAACCACGAAUGAGAAGCUCACCGCCAACGUGACAGCCAAC